AGAGAGAGAGAGAGAGAGAUUAAGAGAGAGAGUGAGAGAGAGAGAGCGAUCGAGUCGCAACAAGUCGAGCGCGACGGUAUAUCGUCGAGUCCAUCCACUCUUGUCCACUCGACUCCUGUCUCUCGCUCUGUCGUCUUGGUGUCCGGUUUUUCGUCAUGCGAGCGAAAGUCGGCGGACGAACGGCGACGUGCGUCGCGUCGGGCUUAUCGUCCGGCUCGUACCCGCUGACCCGGAAGAGCUCGAGAUGAAAACGCGCGUGUUCGGAUCGCGAGAUGUCGGAAGGGCUAGUCGUCGAAUGAAGAGGAGGAAGACCGGACGGGACGGAACGACAGCCGAAGAUAUGGCGGCGAGUAUUCACGGCGCGGGCGGUGCGAAUCGGUGCCGCCGUCGUCGUCGCUCGCCGAUCAUGCUGCUCGUGGUCACAUGUUGUUGGCUGCUGAUGGCCGGUCACUGCGCCGGUCAGAAACCCAUCAAUCUCGGCGGCAGCAAGAAGCGCGACGUCUACAUCGCUGGUUUCUUCCCGUACGGCAACCACGUGCCGGAGGGUCACAUCGGCCGCGGCGUAAUGCCCGCGGUGAAGCUCGCGGUGGAGCACAUUAACGAGCACCCGACCAUACUCAGGGACUACCGGCUCCACAUGUGGUGGAACGACACAGAGUGUAGCGCCGCCGUCGGGAUGAAGGCGUUCUUCGACAUGAUGCACAACGGACCGCACAAGGUGAUACUCUUCGGUGGUGCUUGCACACAAGUCACGGACCCGAUAGCGAAAGCCUCGAAACACUGGCGCCUUACGCAGCUCAGCUACGCGGACACCCAUCCUAUGUUCACAACCAAUAGCUUCCCGAAUUUCUUUAGGGUCGUGCCGUCCGAGAACGCCCUGAAUGCGCCGCGAGUGGCGUUGCUGUUGCAUUUCAACUGGACCCGAGUCGGCACGAUUUAUCAGAACGAGCCCAGAUAUUCGUUGGUGCACAACCGGCUGGUCGCCGAUCUGGACGAGAGCAAGAUGGAACUCGUGGAGACGCAGAGUUUCGCCACGGAGGUGACGACGGCCCUCGAGAAGCUCAAGGAGAGAGACGUGAGGAUCCUCCUGGGAAAUUUCAACGAGGCGUGGGCCAGGCGAAUAUUCUGCGAGGCUUAUCGUUUCGGCAUAUACGGCAGAAAAUACCAGUGGGUCAUCAUCGGGACUUACACGAGGGAGUGGUGGUUGCGACCGGGCGGCGGAUGCGCACCCUCCGAACUGUCCGAGGCUCUUCACGGUGUCAUUUUGACGGAUCUACUUCCGCUGACGACCGAGGAACAGUACACCACAUCCGGGAUCACUCCGGACCAGUACCAGAUCGAAUACGACUCGCGGAGGGGCAGCGAGUACUCCAGGUUCCACGGGUACACGUACGACGGUAUCUGGACCGUCGCCCUGGCCGUAAAACACGUCGCGCGCAGGAUACGACACUUCCAUCGUAACCAGACUAUAUCCGACUUCAGAUACAGGGACGUGUUAUGGGAGAAGCUCUUCCUCGACGCCCUCAAGAAUACAAGCUUCGACGGUGUCACGGGGCCAGUCCGCUUCUACGAUAACGAGAGGAAAGCGUACAUCCUUCUAAAACAGUUUCAAAACGGCCGAGAGGUAAACGUAGGCGAAUACGACAGCAUAAGCGGCGUGUUGGAUCUCACGCGAGGGGAGGCCCAGCUGUGGAAUGGCAGAACACCGCCAAAGGACAGGACCGUUCGCAUCAUCGAGCACUCCACCGUGGACAUCACGCUGUACGCGGUGUUAGCUUCGGCCGCCAGUGUCGGUAUCGUCUUGGCAUCCAUUUUUCUCGCCAUCAAUAUCAGAUACCGAAAUCAAAGGUACAUCAAGAUGUCGUCGCCCCAUCUGAACAAUCUCAUCAUCGUCGGCUGCAUGCUCACCUACAGCAGCGUUAUCUUCCUCGGGCUGGAUUCGCAACUGUCGAGCGUAACGGCGUUCCCGUACAUCUGCACCGCCCGAGCGUGGCUGCUGAUGGCUGGUUUCUCGUUAGCCUUCGGCUCCAUGUUCUCGAAAACGUGGCGCGUACACUCCAUAUUCACCGACGUGAAGCUCAACAAGAAGGUGAUAAAAGAUUACCAGUUGUUCAUGGUGGUCGGGAUACUGUUGACCAUCGACCUGUCGAUCAUGACGACGUGGCAAGUGGCGGAUCCGUUCUAUCGGGAGAUCAAGCAGAUGGAGCCCUAUCACCAUCCCUCGAGCGACGACAUAAUAAUCAUCCCGGAAAACGAGUAUUGUCAGAGCAAUCAGAUGAAUAUUUAUCUGGGAUGCAUAUAUGCAUACAAAGGCCUUUUAAUGAUGUUCGGUGCCUUUCUGGCAUGGGAAACGCGGCACGUUAGCAUCCCGGCAUUAAAUGACAGUAAAUACGUGGGGAUGAGCGUGUACAACGUUGUUAUAAUGUGCGUCACCGGCGCGGCUAUAAGCUUCGUGCUGACUGACAAGCAAGAUGCCAUGUUCAUAAUGCUGGCGGUGUUCAUAAUAUUUUGUAGUACAGCCACUCUUUGUCUGGUUUUUAUUCCUAAGGUAAUAGAAUUACGCAGAAAUCCACAAGGAGUGAUAAAUAAGCGGACCAGGGCGACUCUGAGGCCGAUGUUGAAAAUACGAAGGGACUCGACAGUCAGCGAGCUCGAUGAGCGCCUGAAGGAGGCCAAGCUGGCGAAUAAAAAAUUCCGGAAGCAACUGCUGCAAAAAGAUUCCGAGCUUCAGGGAUUUUUGAGGAGGAUGGGUGAGGAGGUCGCGAGCGAGACGCAGGAGACGGUCGACACGUUGCCGGUCCCGAAGCAGGAAGAAGUCGCCAAGAAGGAGGGACCGUCGAUAACCACAGAGACGACCGAUAUCUCAAUGUCUAUGUGCAGCCUAAACUCGUCAACCGUAUCUCAGCCGGAGGGUGAUUACGUCAACGUAGAUCAAGUGGCAAAGAAGAGAGCGACCAUCGCGAAAACCACGUCGAUCACGAUCGACAAUGAACGAAUGGCUAUGACGGCGCAGACAAUCGAGAAGAUGAUCUCCCCGGAUCUAGAAACGGUGGCGGACGCGCCGCCAUCGCCGUCGCCGUCGCCGUCGCCGCCGCCGCCGCCGCCGACGACGACGACGACGACGACGAUGACGACGACGACGAUGACGAUGACUGUGACAACGACGACAACGACAACGACCAUGACGAUGACGACGGCGACUAUGACCACGACGACAACAGCGGUGGCGGCGGCGGCGACGGCGGCGACGACCAUGAUGCACAUGCAGCACACUUGCGGCCUGGAUGUACUGCGACGCAAAAGUGUGCCGAUCGAGAUGAGCAAGAACGGAGGCGAACCGUUGCUGCUCCGCAACAACAGGGGCCCGGAGCCGCUGCCGAACGACAUCAUGACGACGCGCUACGACUUUGUGCCGCCGGUCGUCGAAGAGAGCGACUCCGUGAUCCUGGAGGAGACCGAGAUCGCGAAACAUGUAUGCCACGUGAGGAGAAGCAGGGACGAGCGCAGGGCGAAACUGUCGACGCCGCCGCCCACCAAGAACGUUUCCUUCGGCGAGCUUCACGAGCAGAGCUACAUCGAGCAAGUGAUCAUGCCGUUUCCGCUGCAGUACGUGCCGAAUCAUCGGCAUUCCGAGAAAUACGAGGAGUCAAUGUCGACCAUCAUCCAGCGUUCCAUGUCGGAGCGCUCGCGGGAGAAGUGCCUGCGGCUGCACAUCGGGGGCGGUCACCCCAUAGUCGAGUGCUCGCACCGUGUCGCUCGCCGCAUGUGCCGGCAUGCGGGCUCGAAGCUGCGCCAGCAGGCACGACUGGAGUACGUGCAAAGCACCCCGAACGUGGCGACGAUGCACAACAGCAAACACGCCGCGGUGAAUCCGCGCGGCGGGACUGGCGACGUGAACGGUGGUUCCGCGGUGAACGUCUCGAAGAUGUACAGUGCCGUGUCAGACGGUGAACUGCUGGAUCUGACGAUCCUGCCGAUCUUUCAGAAGCUCCUCACCGAGCGGCAUAAGAGCACUGCCAGGCGGGGCUAUCGCUCGAACAUAGCCAGUUGCCCGAAUAUAUCCAUCAAAUGCGACAUCGUCGAGUACCUCUAACGGCCAGCACCGGUGAUCCGGCACUGCCUCGCUUCGCCGGGUCGUCGACGCGCUGAGCACUGGAGCACGCACGGAAAACUCACGUUUCUCUGGUCGUGGAAGAACACUAGCAGUGGACUCACAGUCGGUAGGGUGUGUUAGAAAUCGAUCGUUUAAGUUAAUUAAUUAAUCUCGCGCUCGGCACCAACUCGUGUCUCGAGCCCGAGUCGAGAGAGCUCGACUCCUUCGGUCGGCGGCGACGACGUUCCGCGACGGUUACGCAACGUUAUCAAGCGACACGUCGCUUCCAAGCUGGACGUAUUUCAGACACGAAAUUCUCCGUUAAUUUAUUUAUAAUGACGACGAUGAGCCGCGAUAACCUGUCUACCUACCCACCUAUCCGCCUACAUACCGUACCAACCUACCGUAACACCACCUUCCGCGCCACCCCGCCGCCGGGUUAAUUAUUCGUUCCGUCUCUCACGUCCUCGCUCUUCAAGCACGGCACUUGAUAUCACGAUAAACGAACGGACCCGGAGACUAGGAAUUAAUAAUACAAACUCUCUCUAGUAUAAUAAUAAUGACGCUCGAAUCGCAUAGCUCUCAUCGUGAGACGUGAGAGAGAGAGAGAGAGAGAGAGAGAGAGAGAGAGAGAGAGAGAGAGAGAGAGAGGGAGAGAGAGAGGGAGAGAGAGGCCCCGGUCGACGAGUAAGAACGACGACUUUUUUCUAUGAUACACGCACACAUACACACACAUACAUACACACACGCACACGGGAUAUUUUCUAGUGACGACGAUUCCCUCUAACUAAUGAUACAUUUAGGAGACGAGAUAAAACAAACAGAAGAAUGUAAAUUCAAAGUUAAAGUAAGUACUCCUGCGCGCGGUUCGCAAACUCAAUAUGCGGAACUCGUCGAGAUUUCUAUCCCCUAUACUCGUCUCGCACGUCUCGCUGGUCCGGAUUCUAGACGUAAACGGGACAGCAAGUGUACGGAUUGCGCGCGAUACUAUCGAGCACACUUAGUUACUUGAACGUCAGUCAAUAGAUCUCGUAUCUCGUUAGUGACGCGGCUGCAGCAUGUAACGCGAUAUACAUAACGAACGUCGCGGGAAAGCAAAGCAAGAAGGAACCGCGGUACGUAGCGUGCGUUUUCGGGAAUAAACCCCGGGUGGGCGUGGAGUUGGGGGUCACAGGGAGAAAGGGAGUGAAGGUCGUCGAUGUAAUCGAUAUAGCGUACCGCUCUCGGAGGGGGAGGGGAGGGGGGGGAGAGGAGGAAGACGGGGUGAGCCCUUAUAGCAGCGAACAAAUAUUGUUUAAAUAUUUCUUAGUACGACCGAAGAAUAUUUUUGUGACACGACUUUAAGCAUUAAACUAUAGACCUAGUUGAAUGCGGUAUUAUAAUUAUAUAUAACGAAUAUAUCUUCGAGAUAUUUAUAAAACGAGUUACAAAAAAAAGAUACGAUGUUUGUUAGCCGCGGCAGAUCUCGGGCGGUAGAUUUAACCGUUGACUGUUAUAGCGAUUUCCAACGUGUAAGAGAUUUUUCAUUCGCGAGAACGAGAGACGAAAAGACGCUGCCGAGGAACGAAGCUGAGAAGGAAGGAUUUGUGGAGCGUCGCGUUUAAAGCGUCGCUGUCGGCUAACAAGUGUGUUUUUUCAUAGAGAGUAUAUACACACACACGUACGUACAUGCACGUACGCCUGUGAAUACAUUCGCGCGCGCGCAGGUAUAUGUGUGUGUGUGUGUGUGUGUACGUA